GAAGUCUGGCGCUCGACACACGCGUGUAAUCCCCGUUUAAAUGUAAAACUUUAGUCUGCAUUUGCUGACGACAAAAUUGGAUGUACUAUAGCGUUUUGAUGCAACUUGAUCGGAUUCAUUGUUUUUGAAAAGGAAUUAGGAUUUGUUUUUCACAUGAAAGUGUGUGGCCCCGCACUGUGUUCUGGUGCCUCCCAUGUCCUGGCCUGCUAAGCCUCGUGUCUCCUCACUGGGCCUGGGCAAUAGCUGAACCAGGGCCGCUGCUGGUACUACUGCUGCUGGUACUGGUACCGCUACUUGUACUGGUGGUGGUGGGUGUCCCAACCCGGGGGCCCGGAGGAGCCCUGUCGACCUCCCAGCCACACGAAGAUGAACAAACUGACCGGCUUCCACAAUAACAAAGCUAUGCAGGACCGCCGCUGUGUCUGUGUCUUUCUCCCCAAUGACGACACGCUUAACGUCAUCGUCAAUGUGAAGACUUUGUGCCAGGAGCUGCUCAUCCAGGUGUGUGACCUGCUCCGACUGAAGGACUGUCACCUGUUUGGACUCAGUGUCAUUCAGAACAAUGAGCAUAUCUACAUGGAGCUGGGCCAGAAGCUGUCCAAGUACUGUCCCAAGGAGUGGAAGAGAGAGGCAAGCAAGGGCAUCGACCAGUUUGGGCCUCCCAUGAUUAUCCACUUCAGGGCUCAGUAUUACGUUGAGAAUGGGAGAUUAAUAAGUGACCGCUCGGCCAGGUACUACUACUACUGGCACCUGAGGAAGCAGGUGUUGCUGUCUCAAUGUAUCCAGAGAGAAGAGGCUUACUUUCUGCUGGCAGCCUUCGCCCUCCAAGCCGAUAUGGGCAACUUCAAACGCAACAAGCACUUUGGGAAGUACUUUGAACCUGAGGCCUACUUCCCCCCAUGGGUGAUAGCCAAGCGAGGCCGGGACUACAUCCUGAGACACAUCCCCAACAUGCACAAAGACCAGUUUGCCCUCACCGCCUCCGAGGCUUAUCUCAAAUACAUCAAGGAGUGUUCCCUUCUGGAUGAUGUCACAGUCCACUACUACAGACUCUAUAAGGACAAAAAGGAAGUGGAGGCUUCUCUUACCUUAGGACUGACCCUGCGUGGAAUCCAAAUAUUCCAGAACAUGGGGACAGUGAGACAGCUCUUGUAUGAUUUUCCCUGGAGCAACGUGGGCAAACUGGUAUUUGUGGGGAAGAAGUUUGAGAUCCUGCCUGAUGGUCUUCCGUCGGCCCGUAAGCUGAUCUACUACACCGGUUGUCCCCUGCGUUCCCGCCACCUCCUGCAGCUGCUCAGUAACAGCCAUCGCCUCUACAUGAACCUGCAGCCUGUCCUCAAACAGGUCCGCAGGCUGGAGGAAAACGAAGAGAAGAAGCAGUACCGUGAGUCGUACAUCAGCGAUGCGUUGGAGCUGGAUAUGGACGGGCUGGACAAGCGUUCCCGGGCCAGCGGUAGCAGUGCCGGCAGCACUGUGUCUCACCUCAAACACCUGUCUCGCCACUCUACCGCCAGCCACGGUAGCUCACACACCUCGGGCAUCGAGACAGACAGUUUCCGGGCCCCCGGAGGGACCCCACACCGAGCCCUAAGGACUUGCAGCUCCUCAACGAUUAGCCAUGGGAGCUCACACACCUCAGGGGUGGAGAGUGGGGGAAAGGAGCGCAUGUUGGACGAUGAUGAGAUUGAGAUGUUAGUGGACGACCCUAAAGACUAUGAGGAGCUCCAUGAGCUGGCCCUAGAGUUGAACCAGGACCUGUGCAUCCACAUCACUGAGGACAUGCUGACCAUGACCCCUGACCAGACCACUGGAUACUCAGGGCUCAUAGUGAAGGACGUCGGCUCAUCCACCUCCAGUUCCUCUGAGACCGUGGUCAAGAUGAGAGGCCAGAGCAUUGUGUCUCUCCCUCAGACCUCCAUGUGCAGGAAGCCUCAGACGUCAACUGACCGCCACAGCCAAUCCCUUGAUGACGUGCGUCUCUACCAGAAGGGCUGUCUCCAUUGGGCGGAGCUAUGCCAGGACACCGCCCACAGCUACACCUUCGGCUGCGCCCAGGAGCUGAGCGACAGCAGCGGUUACCAGGGCAACCUGGCCGAGCAGUGCGCUGGUAUCCGCGGUGACCAGCUUGACUGCUUCCCCAUCAAGAGGACCAGCAAGUACUUUUCCCUGGACCUGACCAGCGAAGAGGUCCCAGAGUUCGUGGUGUGAUGGCCAAACAGGGGGAGACAGGGAUGAGGAGGAAUGGAUGAGGCAGAAAGGGUGACCUCAAGACCCCUGCUCCCCUGCCUCCACAUCUCAGAUUUGGAGGUGACUCAGGAAACUGAAUGGGACAAGAGAAGAGGGUUGGGGGUUUGGAGAGGUGAUACUUGGUUGUCUUUCUAUUGCCCUAACCUGUCAGCCAUAACCUGUCAGCCAUAACCUGUCAGCCAUAACCUGUCAGCACCAGACUUGGGAAGAGUCAGAUGGACUGUAAAAUCCACCAGACUGACAUCACCAGUCAACAUAACCAUGUAACCACCUGAGACGACAUACAUAACACACUACAGAGACAAAUAACUGACAGUGAAAGCCCUUUGAGGUAUUUCUUUUGCCAAAAUGGCAAUAAAUAAAAAAGGAUCAACCUUUGCUGGGUUUCAAGAAAACCCAUCUGCGCCUUUUAAUUGGACCGAUGCUGGUUGGGAAUGGAGUGUAAAAGGAAAAGUAAGGGAAUGUCGAAAUAUCUCACCAUCACUUUUUUAUUCAAACAACCUCUGACUGUCUGCGUUUCCAAAGCAUGUACUCGCUCCAGAUGUUUUCUGGAUCUGAUUCUUGUGCUUGCGAAUAUAAAUACUUCAUUCGCACAGAAAACAAAAACAAACGUUCUGAUGUUAACACACUUGCGUGUGCCUACUUCGACUUUACUAAUGCAGUGCAAAACAAACAAACACACACACAGUGAAGAUAUCAAAAUAUUCUGCCAUGGAGAGUAGAUCCCACUCUCCUUUCCCUACAGAAAGAAGGGAACUCUCAUUGAUAGUCAAGCUAGAUGUGCUAUGAACCAAAGACAAGUUACACUAAGCACGAAAAGAAAAGCCACUUGGCUCCAAGCCCUCAUGUCCACAUGAUUAUUAUUUUAGUGUGCAACCAACCAAACAAUGAAAUGAUACAGCCUCCUGAAUCCAUGACAGGAUAUGACAUCACCAUGCGCAGGUUCUGUAUCGUUUCAGAAUCUAGAGGUUGAUCUAGAGGAGGGAAUUUGGAUUGGUCUCAGAGUAUUUUAGAACAAGGAACGCUAAUGAUGUCCUUGUUCUCACGUGUCUCCCUUCCAUCCCUCUGUCUCUAGUAUGAAGUAUGUAUGAUGUGACAUAAUCUGGGAGCCCAGAACCAAAUCCAGCGUGCGCUAGUCUGUCACAAGAGAUUAGAAGUGACGCGCCUCCGCUCCUCUCUUUACAAGGAAGUGCAAUGUGUCAACAGUUCCCCUAUAGAGUUGUGUCCUAGUGUAGCGACUAGACUGAUAUUAUGAACACACCCAACGUGCCUUCAUCACCUAUGCAGGCCCUGAACCACAACCAUGCCUUGACAAUCAAUCACAGCUUCUCACUAAGCAACGCAACACUCCCACAUGAGUCACAGAGAUCAGUUUUAAGUCAUAAGGUCAAUUUUAAGCUCUUCAUCUGUAACUUUAUUCUUGGUCAGCAGUACAUUGGUAUUUAAAGGCCCAGUGCAGUCAAAAAAACAUGAUUUUUCUGUGUUUUUCUAUACAUUGCCACACAUGAUGAUAUACAGAUGAAAUACUGUGAAAAAUGCCCUUUUAGUGUAAGCUGUUUGAAAUGAAUGCCUGAUAUUUUAGCCUGUUUUGGUGUGAUGGAGUUUUAGCCUGCCUGGUGACAUCACCAGGCGGUAAAUUAGUUAACAGACCAAUAAGAAAGAGUACCAAACCUCUGCCAAUAACAGUUAGUUGUCCCCUCCCCACUCAGAACACUCACAGACAGUCCUAGCAAAAUUAUUGUUCUUUGCUAAGAAGCUAUUUUUGUUUAUUUUUCACCAUUUUAACUGAAAACAGUAAACUACUUAACUGUUACCCAGAAAUGAUUUGAUAUUGAUAUAAAAAUGGCUGCAUUGGACCUUUAAUCAUUGACUUCAGAGUUUAAACAUCGUUAUUCAAACAGUUUUAGCAGAUUAACCAAUAAUCAAUGAAGGGGAUUACCCUAAUGUCAUCUACCAUCCCUAGCCUAGCUUUAUGUUAAACGUGUCACUUAUUUAAAUCUGUGGUAGUUAGGUUCCUGUCAUGUGAAAUGUAGCCCAGAUGACGUCAUGGGCUGGUUCAAGACUUCCCGACUACAUCAUUGGCUGUGCCAGGUCUGAUGCUUGGGGCAGGAUGAGUUUCUACAUGCCCUCACCUGUCUGUCUGUGUACAGAGCUGAGGAAAGCUUAGAUGUAAUCUACACACACACACACACACACACACACACACACACACACACACACACACACACACACACACACACACACACACAAUGGAGCUGGGUUGGCUUUAGGCCAGCUAUGAAACUGACAUUUUCACUUUGUUCUUUCUAUAUGUUGGUAGUUUAUAAUUUUUUUCACUCGGCUGUCUUUGUUAGUCCUUAAAACUGUCUUUUGUUUGUUUUGUCUCGAUAAUUAUUUUAAAUUGGAACUUGUUACAUUUGUUUCUUUCAUUUUAUAAUUUUAGCUGAUUGGAAGUAGAAAGUGUAAUAUUUUUAGUAUGGAGUGUUUUAGAACAGUGAGAUUCGUUGUAUAUGUUGAAAAGGUAUUCUUUGUGUGUAGUUGGUGUGUGUCAGUAUUAUAAGCAAAGUACACUCACAGGAGAGUUUAUUAGGUACACCCAUCUAAUACCGGGUCAGACCCCCCUUUGCCUCCAGAAGAGCCCAAAUACUUUGGGUGUCGGAAACAUUCCACAGGGAUGUUGGUCCUCGCAAUGGCAUCACGGCUGUUGCUGCAGAUCGGAUGGUGGUACAUUUAUGCUGCAAACAGCCCGUUCCAACUCAUCCGUGACAAGGAUCGACGAGUUGUGCAUUCCGAUGUGCCGGUCUGCACACCACUGUUGUUGUACUGUGGCCCGCCUGUUAGCUUGCACAAUUCUUGCCAUUCUCCUUUGACCUCCGUCGUCACCGAGCUGUUUUCGCCCACAGGACCUCCGCUGACUGGAUGUAAACCCUAGACGCUGUGAUGUACCUAAUGAACUGUCCGAGGAGUGUAUGUGACAGUGUUUACAACCCUGUGACACCAAAUUCACUUAUUUUCAAUAUUGGGCCACUUUUUACCCAGGUGUAGUCGGGAUUUCAACGUACAGUAGCUGAAGAACAUUGAUAACAAUCCGUUUAAUUGGCCAAGAGGCAAGGUGUGAAACCCAACUCUUCACAAAUAUAAAGUUAGAUUUCUUAUACAUUACUUUCCGUUAAGGUGUGGAAACAGACAAGACUGCCCUCUCUUGCCUCUUUUAUUCGCUAUCGUCAUAGAGAUUUCUUACUAUUAAAUCUCCGAACCGUACCUACUCAAUGUAAAUUGAAUCUAGCGUUUGUCUUCCAAAUUUGUUUUACAUUCAGUACUUUUGCAUUUCUACCCCAGUCAGUAAACCUUAUUGAGAAGACCGUUUCAGUGACCUCCUCAUUUUAUGUGUAGUGAUAGUACAGUAGGCAUGUACAGUUGAAUUCCAAACCUCAUUCACAUGGUUUAAUAUCGCUAGAGUAAUGAACAAAACAAAUUACUACUUCAUUAUGUACUUGGAAUUCAAAACUACUGUGUGCCUCAGUUAAGCAAUAAUUUGUUAGUGUGGAUCAACAUUCUAGCUGAGCUUUUCCAUUGCUGCUCCAGAGAUCUUUAUUCUAGAACAUUCUAGCGCCCUCUAAAAAAAACUUCUAGAACCUUUAGAAUGUUUCAGAAGCAGCUCUGCUGUGGUACAGUGGAGAGACCUGACAUUUUCACUCACUUCUCUUCACAGCUGGUCUCAUCAGCUGGACACGUUGGCCUAGAAUACUGAGCAUGGCAUCUUGGCCUAGAAUCACAGAGCAAAGCAUCUUGGCCUAGAAACACAGAUCAGGCCAAGGCAGCAAGAAACAAUUGUUGGAAAGAAAUGUGUAAUAAUUAAUACACUUACGAAUUUGAUAUCAUUGUGUGAUUUCAAAGCAAAAAUUAAUGCUGUAACAGUUUAUUUCCAACAAGAUGUUACUUAUUAUUUCUACUCAUUAAUAUUGGGUAUCUGAGAAACAGAAAGAAGGUUGUUCACAUGUUGAAAUGAAUCGUUUUCUGGUAGAUUAUUGGUGAUAUAUUAACCCAGAGUGUGUCUAGGUACAUAGCCAUAAAAACAGAACCACAACCUGAAAACUUUUGCAUUCGGAUAAACUCUCUACUCUGGUGACUUAGGCUACAGUGCAUAUCAUAAGUAUUCAGCCCCCAUGGAUUUCUUCAAAAUUGAUUGUUGUCAAUGAUCUACACAAAAUACUCAUGUACAUUUGAAUUAACGGAAAAUAGGACACACAUAUACGCUGAGUGUACAAAACAGAGCACCUUCCUAAUAUUGAGUUUCACCCUGUUUUUUCCCCUUCAGAACAGCCUCAAUUUGUUGGGCAUGGACUCUACAAGGUGUCAAAAGCGUUCCACAGGGAUGUUGGCCCAUGUUGACUCCAAUGCUUUCCAUAGUGCUGUCAAGUUGGCUGGAUGUCCUUUGGGUGGUGGACCAUUCUUGAGUGUGGUGGGUGGUGGACACAUGGGAAACUGUUGUGUGAAAAACUCGUCAGCGUUGCAGUUCAUGAUGACACACUCAAACCAGUGCGCCUGGCACCUACUACCAUACCCCAUUCAAAGGCUCUUUUGUCUUGCCCAUUCACUCUCUGAAUUGCACACGUUCACAAUCCAUGACUCAAUUGUCUCAGAUCGUUCUUUAACCUGUCUACUCCCCUUCAUCUACACUGAUUGAGGUGGGUUUACCAGGCAACAUCAAUAAGGGAUCAUAGUUUUCAACUAUGUCAUGGACAGUGUGUCUUGAUUAGAUAAAUAUGUAACUUCCCUGAGUCAAUACAUGUUAGAAACACCUUUGGCAGCGAUUGCAGCUGUGAGACUUUUUGGGUAAGUCUCUUAGACCUUUGCACACCUGGAUUGUGCAAUAUUUUCACAUUAUUCUUUCAAACUUCUUCAAGCUCUGUCAAGUUGGUUGUUGAUCAUUGCUAGACAGCCAUUUUCAAGUCUUGCCAUUAGCUUUUCAAGCAGGUUUAAGUCAAAACUAACUAGGCCACUCAGGAAAAUCUUGGUAAGUAACUGCAGUGUAGAUUUGGCCUUGUGUUUUAGGUUAUUUUCCUGCUGAAAGAUUAAUUUGUCUCUCAGUGUCUGGUGGAAAGAAGACUGAACCAGGUUCCUCUCUAGGAUUUUGCCUGUGGCUAACUCCAUUCUGUUUAUUUUUAUCCUGGAAAACUCCCUAAUCCUUGCCAAUGACAAGAAUACCCAUAACAUGAUGCAGCCACCACCAUGCUUGAAAAUAUGGAGCAUAGUACUUGGCGAUGUGUUGCGUUGAAUUUGUCCCAAAUAUAAAACUUAUUCAGGACAAAAAGUCCUUUGGCACAUUUGUUGCAGUAUGAAUUGUUUGGAGCCUUUUCACUCUGUCAUUUAGGGUAGUAUUGUGGAGUUACUGCAAUGUUGUUGAUCUAGCUUCAGUUUUCUCCCAUCGCAGCCUUUAAACGUUGUUACUUUUUUUUAAAUGGCCUCAUGGUGAAAUCCCUGAGCUGUUUCCUUCCUCUGCUGGCAACUCCGUUAGGAAGGACACCUGUGUCUUGGGUGUAUUGGUUCACCAUCUAAAGCUUAAUUAAUAACUUUACCAUGCUCAAAGGGAUAUUCUGUGUCUACCUUUUACUCAUCUACCAAUCUGUGUCAUUCUUUGUGAGUCAUUGGAAAAGCCCUCUUGUCUUUGUGUUUGAAUCUGUGCUUGAAAUACACUACUCGACUGAGAGACCUUACACAUAAUUGUGUGUGUGGGGUAGUGAUAAAAAUGUACCAACAAAUCACAAUUAUAUCCAGUUCAAUCCCACUUUGUUAACUCAACAAAAUGUGAAAAAAAAUCCAAGGGUGUGGUGGGGGUGAAUGCUUAUGAUAUGCACUGUAUAUACACGGCCAUACUGACACCGAGUAAGUGUCUGUAUGUCUGCACUAAGUAUCCAUAGUCCUUUCUGUGAAAGGAUCUCCCUUCAGGAAAAACAUUUUUUUGGGUCAAACCCUGUAGUAGUGAAAAUGUUUUGUUAAUAUGAAGUCUGGGGCGUGCCGCCUUGGUAAUAAUACCCAUAACAAUAUUCAAUAAAAAGGUACAUUUAUUUGCCAAAAUCGA